UAGAGCACCGAUAGUUAUGUCACCUGGGUUUAUUUGGGUCUGACCGAUCCGAACCGGCUUUUAUUUCCCCGUCUCCAAAGACAAAACUAUUGUGAAACCUCUGCAGGAUUCGGGACACCGACGGAACGGAAGCACCAUGACAACGGCCGUGCUGGGAGGCGGGCUGAGCGGCCUGUCCGCCGGAUACUACUUGUUGCGGCGGUUCGGCAAGCCGCUGACCAUCUACGAAGCCUCGCCUCGAGUGGGCGGAUGGGUGCGGACGGAGAACCGCAAGGACCGCAACUUCAUCUUCGAGAGCGGGCCCCGAACCAUACGCCCCGUUGGCCUGCCGGGAGCCAAUACGCUGGAACUGGUGGAGGAGCUGCAGCUGGAGGUGAAUCCCAUACGGCGCAGUCAUGUGGCGGCCCGCAACAGGAUGCUCUUUGCCAAGGGUCAGUUGUGCAUGCUGCCCAACAGCCCGAAAGGACUCUUCGGUGUCCUGCCGCCUUUCACUAAGCCGCUGUACAAGGCCAUACUGCGCGAUCUGGUCACCUCGAGCAAAAAGGCCAAGCUGGAGGACGAGAGCAUCUACAGCUUCGCGGAGCGGCGGUUUGGCAAGGAGAUAGCCGACUACGCCAUCAGUCCCAUGAUCUGCGGCAUUUGCGCCGGAGAUGCGCGAGAGAUCAGCGUGCGCUUCCUGAUGGAGGGACUCUUCGAGAAGGAGCAGAAGUACGGUGGCGUACUCAAGGGUUCACUGAUGGCCCGCUUCAAGGACAAGCAGGUGGACUCCAAGAAGGAGGGCCUCUUCGCCCAGGAACAGCCCAAGCUGUGUGCCCGGGCGCUGGAGGAGAAGUGGGCCAUGUACGGGCUGCAGGGCGGACUGGAGACCCUGCCCAAGGCCAUGCGAAAGUACCUGGGCGAGCGGGAUGUCAGUGUGCAGCUGAGCAACGAGUGCCGCAACCUGACAUUUAGCCCCUCCGGCGUCCGGAUGACCCUCAGAGAGGCAGAUGUGCCAGUGGAGCAUGUGGUCAGCUCGCUGCCUGCCCACAAACUAGCGCCGCUGGUGAAGCAGCAGCAUCCUUCGCUGAGCGCCCAACUGCUGGACAUCCCCUACGUGGAUGUGCUGGUGGUGAACAUGCAGUUCCCUGGCAAACUGCUCAAGCAGCAAGGCUUCGGAUUGCUGGUGCCGCCCGUGGAGAAGCUGCCCAUUCUGGGCGUGAUCUUCGACAGCUGCUGCUUCGAGAUGGGCGAGAACACCGUGCUGACCGUGAUGAUGGGCGGCCAUUGGUUUGACCAGUGGUUCGGCGAUCGCCCCAGUCCCAAGCAGAUCCUCGACCUAGCCACCAGCCAGGUGCAGCGCAUCCUGCAGAUCCGCGAGGAGCCCAAGUUCAGUCGGGUGCACACGCUGCACAAGUGCAUUCCCCAAUACACGGUGGGCCACAAGCGGCGUGUGGAGGGCAUCCGGAACUAUAUCAAGACGUACAAGCUGCCGCUGUCGUUGUGCGGAGCCGCCUACGAUGGCGUGGGCAUCAACGAUGUCAUCCUGUCGGCCCGGCACCAGGUGGAAGCCAUGCCGUCGUCCUAAACCAACCAUUCCCAAGGGCAUACCCUCCAUCCUCCAUUCUCCAUUGGUAUUUCUGUGUUGUAUUUGCUUAAGCUGGUUUUGUGAGUAGUAAAGUAGUAGGUCCUUUGUACAUUGAA